ACACGGGAGCAUUCCUAGCACAUGCACUGAAUCUAAUAUCCCCGUGUUAAAGAUGCCCGUGUCAAAUAUCCUUCGAUGAUGGUUGCGAGAGACGGAUGUGCCUAGAGGAGAGAUCAGACUGAAUUCUUCAUGUGUCCCGGCAUACAACAGGACAAAGGGUGUGCGGGACGAGACCGCUGGAUGUAUUCUGUUUUCUGAAUACAUGUACAUCACUUGAGGAGGGUUCGGCUAAGACUCCUGGAUGUAUUCUGAAUACAUGUCCACACUUGAGGAGGGUCGAGCCUUUAGCGUAUAGACAUGAAGAUCAACACUUGCAGUGAGCGAGAUGGAUAUUUGUGACUGUGUUCUAUCAUGGACCACUUCAAGAUUUUGUUGAUAAAUUCAAGGUUUGAAUGUGGACCCUGUGUUAGAGGGGACUCACAUGCCUUUCCAACAUAGAUGUCGUGCUUGGUGAUGCGUGAAAUUGGAAAGUUCAAGCGUCUGUGAUGGCUGAACGAUUCUGAAUGUCCAGAUUUGGAUACCAAAGGCUCCAAGACGCUGUCGACUCCCCGUCAGUCGCGUCCUCUCCGACUGAUUCAAUUGUGGUGUUAACGUCUGAUUUUCGUAUGGAUUAAUUACCGUUAUUGGAAUACAGCUUCAAAAUGGAAAGACGGAAUACGGUUGGUGUAUCCCUUCCCAGAAUUCCAUCCAGUGUUUUGGCGGGAAUCAAGAACCAAGUCAGACGAACUCAUUCGGAUUCAGUUGUUCGUUCUGCUGAGCUAGGCCGAAAGCCAAGGAUGGUUUUUUCUUCCAGCAAUAUCCGGACCAGUUUUAGUAAAGGCAAUAAUCUUAGUGGCAGAAGAACUGUGACAAAAACAUUCUCUGACAGGCCAAUUUCAAUGUCGUCUGCGAACACGAGUGUCUCGAACUCACACACUGUCUCACCUGAUGCGUCAUUCUCAUCUGUGUCUCUCGAAUUCGAAUCCCAAACCCUCACAUCUGACCCAACCCUCCAGCCUACAGACCCUCCGCCCUUGCCAAACGAGUAUGACACAGACAUGACUAGCGACGUCAUUCCUGAAAUUAACGAAAACGGUUUUGACAGUGAAAAUCGGUCGUCCACAAAAUCAGUAUCCACUCAUACUAUUACGGAAACAGAUUCACUCACGACCAAGAUUCAUAUGACUGAGAGCUCUUAUCCUGUAGCGGACACAGACAUGGAUACUUCCGAAAAUGAGCCCCGGGAAUUUGAGAACAUGACUACGAGUUUGCCCACCCCACCCCCUUCACCCCGGCCCACUGGCCAUGACGAUACUGACGAGGUAAUGUCGUAUUUUCUAAACACUGUUUCCCAGGGAUAUGAUUCCCCGACAACACUGUCCUUGAAGUCAGCGUCGCAUACGCUCACAACGCCACCGCAACUCACCCCUGACAACGACAACGACGACGAUGAUGCGGAAGUAACGUCAUACGAUUUAAAAUCUACAACCGACAUCUUAGACUCACUUUCGUCUUUCACCGUAGCAACUGACGACAUAUCCGACACAUCAACGUCACCCCCACCGGCAUCAGACGCAGAUGUCCCUUUCCAAUCUACCCCUCCCUCCCCACCACCUCUCCUACCUUCGUCUUCCCCUCCUGAUCUCACACCUCCUCCAAGUCCCGAACCACCCCUCAGAACGUCCUCCCGAAAUGAGACAGUAGAAAAUCAGACGUUGUCUCUACAUGUUAAAAGACCUCACUCCCCAACAUUGGAAGAUUUUAGCAAUGGGAUGACGGGUGGAUCGAGCCCGCCAGUGAAGAAACUGACAGCGGUUUACCCUCAGACGUCUCGACAACUAGCCCAACCGCCAUCUCCUCCACCGCCCCCACCACCACCAUAUAUACCACCGCCACCCCCUACACCACCACCAUAUAUACCACCGCCACCCCCUACACCACCACCACCACCCCAACCCCCGACUAUAAUUGUUUCGGGGCGUCCAAUAGGCGGGUCUCUAACCGAAUCCGACGUAUCAUCUGAGUACAAAUCUGAGGAUGAGACUUUGAGGUAUUUCAAUAAAACUGUUAUCGGGGAAACUACUAUCAGUUCCGACAACAGCAGUCAAGUGGAUGAGUUGCACGCACUGUCUCUUCCCAAAAAUGAUUAUUUCGCCAGCAACAGCAUCGACACGCCGGAACAAUCCAAGGGACAUAACUCCUCCAGCCAUGAUAGCGUUGUCACCAGUCCAACCAGCGGUUUGAAGGUGAUUAAAUGGAAUGACCCCCUUAAAACCACACGUUCAGCAAUCAAACCAGGCACUGUUGAUGAACUGAAACAAAUAUACAGCAAGCUAGGUGAUGGUGAAUUUAAACCGUCGGCAAUAAAGAAACGAAGGAAAGAAUUGUUCAAAAUGACCAAAACGCAGCAAAUGAAGCGUUACAAAAAGGUCAUUGAUAUGUUCAGCGCUGACGAAACAGACGACGCCCCGCUUAGCCCGACACAUACAACCACACCGCUGAAGAGGGUGGAUGUAGUUGAAAUGUCGGCUGACGCCGUUGUUGGCACCGACCUUAAAGUGGACAGUCCUGCAAAGGUCAGUGUAACAGCUAAAACGAGUUUGGAACCUGCGCCCGUAAAUAAUGAUGCGACGUCUACAGUUGGAUCUGAUAGAUGGGAAAAUUCAGAGAAUGAUGAUUCCAACCCCUACUCCCGGGCUAACAUCAUUGCUUUUCUGAACAGACGCCUGAAAACGAUGCACGACAACCAAAAGAAGGCUUUUGAAGCCACGAAGAAGAAAGAAGAAACGGGGACGUAUACAGACAAAUCUGAAGACAGUAAUUUAUCUUUGCCGAAAGAAGAUGAGCCUGUUAUAAAGUCAACCACGUUUACUUCCACCGAAGAGCAAAGAAAUUCUUACAGCAAGCCUUCUGGGGAUGAAGAAGUGAUUGAUAGUCGCAGGGAAGCCCGACCUGAUGAGCGACUUGACGGCGAGAGUUCGCGGAAAAGCAUUUCGCAUGGUCACGUGACCGAAUCAGGUACACAGCGGGGCGAGCUUGCUGUGUCGUCUGCUUCAGAUACUCCGAUAGGUUUUGACAGUAAACAAGCUGAGGAGGUUUCGGAGGAGCAACCACCUGGAAGAAUAGACGCAGAUUUGAAAGCAGGCGACAGCAAACCGACGAAAAAAGACACAGGAUUUCGUAGUUUAUUUUUUGACGAUGAUCCCGAAUCUGACUCAGAGGUUGAACCUGUGAAUAAUGAAACAUCCCAAGUAGGUACAAAUAUGAAUGUGAGGUCUAUUCACGCGUCUGAACUUAACAGCCAGGCAAAUACGCCUGUGCUUUCAAAUGGUUUUAUGAAUACAUCUUCGGGAUAUUCAUCAAACAUGUCGGCUGCUAUGGGUGAAGUGCAAAGUUUUGAUAUACACAGCCGUGCAAGCGGACACAGCCGUGCAUCGGAGCAUAGUCGAGUUUCAGAGCAUAGUCGAGCAUCGGGACACAGUCGGGCAUCAGGACACAGUCGGGUGUCGGGACACGGUCGAGUGUCGGGACACAGUCGCUCGACAAGCGGGGCAUCAGGACCACGCGUUAACACUGAGGAAACGAGCAGUGGUGUUUAUGUUGUUCAGGACAAUGUUGGGGAUCUGUAUGUUGUUGAGGAUGUCAGCGAUAAGCCGAGGCAGACAGCUACAUUUGAUCAGUUAGGCAUGGUGUUUACGUCAGGUGAUGUAGAUACAAGUCACACUUUUGGCACAGGUCAGAGCAGCCUCCGUAGUUUUGAUUUUAAUACACCAGAGUCAACAAGGAUUUCUGUUGACAGCUCUGAUUUGAAUUAUGGUAAAGCAAAAGAAGUACUUUCCAACUUGUUUGACAGUUUGAACACGGCUGAUCGCGGAUUGGCCGUGACUGAUUUCCAAAACGACUCACUAGAGCGAGGCGAUGUGACAGUGAGCGGGAUAAGUGUGAUUUCGGAUCGGGAUGUAGAUAGCAUGGCAAGUCAAGCGAAUAAUCACAGUGCCGUGGUUCUGAGAAGUGCAGAUACCGACAUGGCUCUACAUGAAGAUGUCUAUAAAAAGACAAUUUUGAAUAUUGUCACAGAUGAACAGGAUCGCCCGCUGUGGACCGAGCAGACGACAGACACACAAGUCAAAGCAUGGAUGGAAAACGGCGACGAGGUACAAGUGGGGGGUGACAAUGGGUAUAGGACAAUAACAAUGGCAUCCAAUGGCAACCAGGCAUUAGCUCUGAUGACGCCAGCCCCAGAUUAUCCAGCAACAGACACAAGGCAGAUUUCUACAUAUAAUGUGUCACUUGCAAACAACCACGGAGGUGCUGUCGCUGCAGCUUCUGUUGAACCUGUGAUUCAGGACGUUGCAACAGGUGUAACAGUUACAACGACGAAGUCGACGGUGAUCGGCCAAAAGGUCGAUAUGAUGAUCGAUGUCCCCCAAGAACGAGAUAUCAGAUCGGAAUGGAAUCAAAAUAACAGGACGGUUAAUUCUUUUCGAAAUAGUUCUAUGAAUUCAAAUGACAGUAUUCGCUUUACAAACGGCUAUAACAGUGACUCUAGUCAAUCCUCGGAUGGCAGACGAGGUACCAAGUCCUACAGUGUCAGGCAAAUCAAGAGUUCAUCACUGGAUCGUGCAGAUUCGUCUGCAAGUCGAGGACGAACUCGAUACAUCACACGUAUCGACUCCAUACCGAAAGGCAGUCGUCCAAAUAUUGAGAAGACGUAUUUCACAUCAAGUGACGCAGUGACAAGCAGGACCAACAACGUGUCUUUUGGAGACGCAGAUAGCCAGUAUGGAUCUCAGACAUCUAAGAGUACGUCAGCGGAGGCUUCUCCUCCUGGGGAGAGUCCUCGGUAUAGAAUGAUAAGAUCACCAAUCCGCACCCAAACUUCACCGGAGAGACGAACAAUCUACGAAUAUGUAGAGGACCAACCAACAAGGCCUGACUUUUAUCAACACAAAGCAUUCAACUACGAAGAGUCUGUCAACAAAGACGGAGAUUUAUGGCGUGUCAGACACACACCCAGCAGUAAAGUGUAUAAUGAACCAGUCUUCAAUUCUCGCGAUAGUAGAAGUGAUCGCAGCUCUGAGCGAUACAAGGUCACUACGACGAUACCCGCCGAAGAGCUGUUCAAUAAGGACAGCACACAGGACGGUUUUUAUAGAACCCGUGAUUCAUUUGGAUCUGGGAGUGAACAGAAGCAUUACAAAUCAGUUACAAAACUGGAGGUUACAAAUGACAGGCUGUCUCCCGUCAGAAAACGCCGACAUGGGCCGAGAAAUCUUUCUGAUUCAGAAGACGAUGAGCACACUAACACAGGCGCGAAGUACAGAGUGUCAAAUAUUAGAAACGAAGAUGCACUAACAAGAAGACAAAUGGACCAUACACCAGAGAUAGACGAUUCCCAGCAGGUAUAUAGAGUUACCAGUGUGACCCCUUCUGACAAAUCUAAGAAAUCUCAAAGGAGAGUUACAAACAGAAGUUUAUUCGGUAGCAGUAGUACAGAUCCACUAUUCGACGAUGUCAACGCUACACAACCUGAACAUAACUACCGAGUGGCAAAAACAUCCUCAUCGGAGGACUUAAUUGUGUCGCGGAAGUUCUCCACUCGGUCUCAGCAGCGAGACUCGAGGUACAGAAGGGUGGCAAGUCCCCAUAGAUUCGACUCUGGUUACUUUGACGACUCACUAACACGCAGGGAAUCUCCAUCCCACACAACUGUCAUACGCGUCGAUCCCGGCCCGAGACGAGGCAGGUCUGUUGACGCUUCUACGCGGAACUCUGUGUACACAGUGAUGAAUGUGAAAUCAGAGGAUAAUCUGACAAAUGGCAGCAUGUGGGACAGCAGGGCUUCGCCCACCCGAGGCCGGAGGGGUAGCUAUUCCUCAGACUCCGAUGAAGAGAGGAGAGGAAAGUACCGGAUUACGUCACCCAAACACCGCAGAUCCUCGAUAGAACGUGAAUACCCAUCGUCUCCCGAGCAGGGGCGAAGAUCGAGAAGAGAUGAACAAACUAAAUAUUAUGUUCAGAGGACACUUAGCCCAAGUCGCGUGGAAGAUAGCGAGCCUGUUAUGUUAAGUAAACGGGUAAGGUCCAUAUCUCCUCAGCCCUAUUACAGCCGAGUGUUGAGUCAGCCGCAAUGGCAUAAGAGCUCCGUAGACAUUAACAGACGUAAUUACUCUACAGAUUACACUACUAACCAAAGGAGCUCUUCCUUUGCAAGCCUGAGUCCUGAAAAAGAAUCUAGAAGUUACGUUGCCUUCCCCGACAAAGAUGAUUACAGGCCUGUUGGGAGAUCCAACUCUCAGAAUUUUAAAACAGAGAAGACGUUCUUCCUCAGAUCUACCUCUCCAUCUCCACCCAAGACUAACAGGAAUUUCUCAAGAAGCUUCUCACACGACAUGACUGCCGAUUCAGGGACGGGGACCGAGAUCGUGAGCUCCGACAAUGAAGGGAAUGGAGAAUACGCUCGUGAAGAAAAGGUUAAGAGAGUAGAACAACAAAUAUACACUGUUCGCCGGGAACCAUUACAUUCAGAGAUACCAGACGAAACAGAAGACCUGAAAGUGGAAAGGGGUAGAAUUCUAAUCAAAAACAAAAUUGACCCCAGCAAGGAUGAAGAUGACUUUGAUGACAAUUUGAAUUUGUUUGACAAUGAGUUCCAUCUUCAGAAGGACAAUCCUCUGUAUCAGAGUGACCCUGACCUUUAUAAGAAAUUCGAGGAGGAGCGGGUUGAGGAGGAUGUCCACCAGUCGGAGUUCAGGAGUAGGGUGAACCAAGACAUCACCUUCGACACCGUGGAUAGGAUAGCACAUCAACACAGGAGCAGCAGCAGCAGCAGCAGAAAUGCUCAAGUAAGUACCCGGGAGGUGCCGAAGCAGAACCUGUCCACGUUGUUGCUGUCUCAGCUCGCCAACAUCGACAGCAAGGACAUCAGACAGAACAUCGACGUGGAACACCACAACGAAGAGAUCUACGGUGACCUUGACUUCGUCCACGCAGACGGAUCUAAGUCAGGAUCUGGAAACACAGACAAUUUCGACGCCGUCAAUGAAAAAGUCAAUUUGACUUUGAGAGAGGGCAAAGCUUUCGUUAUUAUCAAGGUGAUCGCCGAACGAGUUGUGCCUAUUGACUACGAGUUCAACGUCUGGAGGAAGAGCUCCGCCAUUGUCACUCGGCAGAUUGAAAUAGAUCUUCUGGCAAACGAACAGCGCAGACGUCUUUACGAGCACGUCAUGGAGAAUGCGGGUGCACGUGGAGCAAUUGAAUCGGGUUCCUAUGGACCACACAGUAUGACGUCAUCACUGGUCAGGAACGACAAUGAACUCAGCAGUAUGGACACGUUGAGGUUGUUUUCUCAGAUCCUGAGCGUUACUGAAGGCCAAGGGGACAAUGACGCGACCGCAUAUUCCACACGACAGGCUCAAGGUCGUCUAUCUAGCAGCGGUGCCCAUGACAUUCUCUACUGAGAGAACCAUAACGGUGAUCUUGACAGCUAUUUGGCAUCUGGAAGCACUUGCUACAUUCCAGAAAUAAGGCUACAUGGUCUAACCCUAAUAUUUGAUGUAAUAUACAUCGUAGUGCAUUUCAAUAUAUACAAGCUUCCAAUGCAUCUAUGCAUUGUACAGAAGAUGAUGUAAAUGAUGCAUGUGGAACAAUUAUCCGUACAAUACGUGUUCAUCAACUAUGAACAUUGUGGGUCUUAUUCCUGAUCUGACAAAUCCUAUCCCUGGAUAGGCGGAGGUGACAAUAUAGUAUCAUCGGCUUGUGCUCUUCCUCUUGGACAUUCAGUAGAACAGUGACAUGAUAACCAUUUCUUGGCACUGGGGAACCAACAUCUCAGAUGCUUCGGAACAACCAAGAUUAGCCCGAUCCAGAAUAGAUGUGGCGGAAUGAUUUCAAGUGAAGUACAUUUGGUCCAAGUUUGGCACAAAGACGUGAAUCUGUUGAGUGCAUGCUUGUAAUUUUCGAACUCAUUCGUGUUUCGUACCAAUUGAAUGAGGAUAGGCUUCCAACAUGUAUGCUAUUGUAUGUACUAACUCAAUGACAACCUUGACGAUCCUACGACGCAUGUAAACCAUGUAAAUAUACACAUCCCGACGUAGCGGAUGAAACGCCGAUAUUAGUGCUUUGAGGAAACUGCAAACGGACAUUAAGUACACCUUGCAGUCCUUUGUGUAUAGUAGGGUCGGUGACCUACACUCACUUUCGAUUAAUGACGGAAAGGGGCGAGGAAUACCGACUUAUUUAGUGGUUUUACUAGAUGACACUGAUGAUGGUGCUAGGACUAUUAACGAACUAUGAUGUAGUGAAUGAAUGGGGUUUUAACGCCGUAGAACAAUAUUGCAACUAUGUCACGACGGUUUGGAAUAUGCGGUUGACCCUGGGCCAAGCAAACCAAUGAUCGAUAGUUCGAGCAUGACAGACACGUCCAGAUAGAAGUUGAGACAUGACCUUUACCACAUCCCUCCUUCAGUACCCUCUAUAGAAUGAGGUUCUCUGGUCCUGUCACACCCUGGAAUCCACGAUACGACAAUAGUGUCUUGUAAAGUACCGGGUGCUAUCAAUGUCUCGACAUUGGACAUUCUUCUUCCGCUGAAAUGUAGCGCGUAGAGCUUAUGAUACACUGUGAUAUUGCAACAAUGAUGUAAUAUUCAUUUCUGUUACACAAUGACGGCGUUACUUGUUUGUAUAUAGUGCAAUAUUUAGAAACUUGUAUCCCAGGGACGUUGAAUGUACAUAUGUAAAUAUUGCUAAAUAAACCAUGGGACACUUAAUUGUCGAAUGGUAUUAUUGGCAAAACCAAAGGCUAAUUUCAACUUACGUCAAGUUUUCUUUGAGAAGUUCGAAAUCGAACUUGUUUUGUUUGUAUCUUACAAAGUAUCACCGUAGAUCUAAAUUUGAAUAUUGUAUAGAUAAAUAUUGCCAAUUAGUUUGCUACUAUGUUAUAAAGAAAAAACAUAUGCAUGGCUUGCCAUGAAUAAUGAUAUGCUACUUUGAAGUGUCAAUAUCAUUUACGCAAAUACCAUGUCUUCUUUUCUUGUUUUGUAUCAUCAUGCUUGUAUAGUGUAAAUUGCAAAGGGCUGCAAUGACCCUCCUGUUUUUAUUUUAAGUUAGAGGUCACACUGUGUGUAAAUGUUUGCGCGACUCGAAGUCCUUGAAACCUAACUAUGCACCGUGAAUGGCCCGCAAAAUAUUUGGCUCUCCAGACAGCCUGUCAGACUAAUUGCACCGCGUUGCCCAAUUACUUGAAUCUUGUCACAAGAUAUGCACCAGGUUGAAUGGAUAAACGUGCACCACGACCACGUUGAUCCUUUCGACUAAUAAAUAAAUAUCAUGGGAUAAAUACUGAUUUAAGCAAGUUAAUAUUGAAACAUAAACACAUUGCGGUUUAUAUUCAAAAUCGUGUUUUUAUAGGAAUAUGACAUGUAUUUAAAUUGAUUUAUUUUCUGUUGAAAUAAUUAAAUUUGGUUAUCAGUAGUCAUGGGAAUGCGGAAAUCAGGUAAAAGAAUUUCCGUUAAAUACAUUUUAAGUUACUUUUGCUUCGCGUUGUGUCCAUACUGUUAUUCAUACCAAACAUAUCUGAACCAAACGUAGCUCAGAAGUACGUCUUUUGUCCAAAGUGAAGUUUAUUUAGUCAAGAUGCCAUUAAUUCACGUGAGGCAAAUAAUCAGUAGCUCCUCAUCUUCAGUGUGUCAUUGUGUGUGUGUGCAUCUUGUCCUCCGAGAUACAGUGUUAUGUAAACGUCCUCCGUUUUUACAGGUGCAAAUACAGGCAGCUCCUGCUACGUGGGCGAAGUCUCAAUGUGGUGAUUAAGUUAAGCUUUCAAAGGAAACCAGUUUCUCGGUUCAGUGAGGAUGAGUUUGAUUUAUUUUGAAAUAGACUACAAAGCCAGCAGAGUCUGCAGCACUCCUCGCAUACUCGUAUUACCUGUUUGUUCACCUAUUUGUACAAUUUAAACACAUCAUCACAAGCAUCAUAAGUUGCACGCCAUCUCCCUCCUCCGUCAGGAAUGCAGGUCAUACGUACACGCCGGUCAUGUAACAAGCCAAGCCACUGCGACAUACGCCUACAGUAUACCUUGAUAUAUGUUCAACUAAAGAUGCGUUCCAUUGUCACUGUGAUGGCGAAGAAGCCGCACUCGCUUUUAUGCACAUUCCAUGUACAACUGGGCUGGUUGUUAUGAGCUGUUUGUCACAGAGGCUAAAGCCGUAUUCCCCAUGUAACAUUACCACGGGGAAAUUCGUUUGAACAUGUAAACGUGAAAGUGUUCUUAAUUAGUAGACACAGGGGUUUGGGGUCUUAAAAGGGAAAUUUACAUAAGGAAAUUAAAUAGUAGCAGUGUUUUAAAAAAGAUGUUCAUGGUAAUUAGUUAUCCUUAAUAGCAAGCCUCGCGUUAAAGUUUAGCAUUCGCCGAGCAUGUGAUUGCAAGGUGAAGUGUCUGGCUGAUAUGGACACGGUCUUCGAGGAAAAAAAUAAUGCACAGGAUUUAGUUUUAUCUCUGCGUUGCUAUAGAAACGAGCAUGCAUGUGACCUCUUUCUUUGUGCAUAUGAUUAGUAUGCAGACUUUGUAUAAUAGAAUGCCACGUGUCUUUCCUGUAAUCCAAAAUUACACAGAUAUAUUUUGAGAUUAUAAUUUAUUAUGUGUCAUACUUGUAAAUAAAUAUUGACGAAAUACUUAGAACUGUAUUUUAAAGGUUAAUAAGGUACGUGUGCACUGAAAAAACUGUUAUAAUUUUUUGUCUAAUAUUAAACGAUAUUAUCUAAAAUUGAAGCCAUUUCGUUAAAAAUGAGACCUUAAUGAAUUCAUAAUGAAGAAGAUUGUAAAACAGAUUCAUUUAGUAAUCAUACAUUUAUGCAUUUUUGGAAGCAUAAUGGCACAUUCAUGUGGAUAUUUGACUUAUAUAGUAUAGAUGAAGGUAUUUUAGCGCCUGUUUCGAUAUUUGCAAAUAAAUUACCUGUAGCAUCUUACGCCUAACUCUUGCUAGAUGGUCACAACAAAAUAAUAGAGCUUUGUGUAUGCUUAUGUCCGCUCUUCCAUGUAUGGUUAUACUGCUUUAUGGAGUCUUGUGUAUGCAUAUACUGUGUACCACUUAGUGUGCAUGAAGAACGAAGAUACGUUAUAGAUUUAAAAUGUACUGUACACUUAUACUACUUUUAUAAAACAUGUAAUAAAACAAUAUAUUUCCA